AUGGCAUUUAGAAAUAUGGUUUGCACUCCCCAAGUCAUUGAUCUUACGUCAGAGAGAGGGCAAGCUCGAGGAGGCAAUGGUAGUGAGAUACCUGAGCAAGGUGCACAACAUGCUGUCAGAGUUGUAGGAAAUGGAACGAACAUUGGUCUCUCUGGUGUGCGAAGUUACUAUGAUGUGAGCAUAAAUCAUCACCAUCAGCCUGUUCAUAACCCACCCCCGAAUAUAGGUGUUGAUUCUGGUUUUGUCUUCGCAUCAAAUAUGUACAAUCCCUGCAUGUCAUCAACAUCAAUCAACAGACAUGUUUCUCAUGCUCAGAGCUUUGGAUCGGGGAAUCAAACAUUGCCUCUAAACCAAGUCCCAGGAACUAUGGAUGAGAGUAGCAGAAAUGACAGUGUUGGUGAAAGUGCUAGAGAUCAUAUUAAAAGGAAAAAUGCUGCAGUUGCUGGAAGCUAUCCUUUUGUUAAUGGAUUUGCAAGCUCAAGCUCAUCUUCUCAUGCACCUCAGAAUCCUAUGCUUAGGCCUUGGGACCCUUCUUUUGAAUCAACAGUUUCUUCUAAUGUUGCACCGUUCAACCCAUCAGAAUAUCAUGCACACAGCAGUUGGCCGUCCUUAGAAGGAUCUUCCAUAACUGGAACUAAUGGAUUCAACUCAAUGGCUGUUCAUCCAGAAUCAGCACAGCGUGGGAACUAUACAUUUCCAUCCAAUCACAUUGGCCAUUCAUGGAUGUCCCAUGCUACAAAUGGUAUUGCCGAUGGAGUUCCCCAGUGGGAAUAUGUCAAUGCAACUACUAAUAUUCAAGGCAGAUUCGCGCAUUCAGGAGCCACAGAAAUCGCAAAUGGAGGCUUUCAGGAAUAUCAGAAUGGCCCUUCAACUGUUUCUCGGGGACCAGUACCUUAUUUCCACCAGCAUGCGAUGCAUGGCAUGCAAGCUCAUAAUCUGCUUGAUCCUACUCAAAUGCAAGUUCCUUACCAACAAUGCCACAAUAACGGUGUCUUGCAUGGUGGUGUUAAUUACCCUGGAAACCGUCUCCACUUAGGUCCACGAAUUCCAGUUCUCUUCUCCAGUCCUGAACAUACUUUUGGACCUCCACAGCAUCCGUUCCUGGCAAAUCCAGUUAACCACCGCAACAUAAGGAUUCUACCACCCGAGCAGCAUGCCACAAUAAUGGAUUUUUCGAGAUUGUAUGAAGUGUCAAAUACUGUAGAUGAGCAUAGAGAUAUGCGUCUAGAUAUAGACAACAUGACGUAUGAGGAGCUUUUAGCAUUAGAAGAGCAGAUUGGAGAUGUCAAUACUGGCCUGACAAAAAGUCACAUUGUAGAUAAAUUGAGGACUAGCCUAUAUGUUCCAGGAACAUCGAGCAUGUCUGAUCAGCCAUCUAGAUCUUCUCUAGAGAAUGAUGCUUGCAUAAUAUGCCAGGAGGAGUACCAGGUUAGAGACUGCGUUGGCACCCUUGACUGUGGUCACAGGUACCACGCAGAGUGCGUGAAGCAGUGGUUGAUGGUGAAGAACUUGUGCCCCAUCUGCAAGACAACAGCAUUGUCUGCCAACAGAAGACAAGGACAAUGA